AUGGCUUUUCAAAUACCUUUGAUGCGAAACGAUUUUGACAUCUAUAAAAUGAAAAAUUCGAAAAAUCGGUCAAUACCAACAAAACAAACUUCCGGCCGUUCGAGAAAAGCGUCAGAAACUCAUUCACUUUCAACGUCACCAGGUACAAAUGAUGCCUUUAUUAAUUCACCUUCGCAUCGUAAUCUUCAUCAUGUAUCAUCUGCGGGCUCACGUUAUCAAUUCUCACGUGUCAAUUCUCGUACUUCGCAGUCAUCGUUAGCUAUGAGUCCUACGAAAAAUCAAUUUGCAAGUGCUCCCUCUCCACCAAAGUCAGCUAAAGUCGGAAGUCAGAAUAGCUUGAAUAAAUUCCAUAAUCGAUUGGUUGACAAGUUGCGUAAAGCUUUCAAAAGUAAUAAUUCAUCGUCGGAAGAAGCUACACGCACAUGA